GGGGGGGGGAUUGCAAGUCACCGACGGCGUGGCCCGCGAGGCCUGCGUUGGUUUUUAUUUUGCGGUUUGGACUCACUGGCAAGGUCUUUUGCGCUGUUGGUUUUCUUUAUUGAGAAGGUUUUUGGGACGAGGGGUUUUGUGACGAACGAUGCCCGAGGGAUGUACCUGAGGAUUAUUGUUUGGGGAUACUCGCCUGUUUAUACUGGUUUCACCCAUCGCACGCGCUUUUAAAGACAAAUGUCCCGAUUUCCACCACCCAUAAUCCCACCACGACCGGGUACAAAGGCGUCUUCCCAAGGCUUUGCACCCAUCACCGACAUGCAGCAGCACCAAUUUAGUCCGUUUGAAAACGACGCCGACGACGUAUCGACUUUGCCAUCGCCAGGUUUUCCUUCCGACGCUCUACACGACACGGAAGAAAUCCUGGCGUUUUAUCCCUCUACCACUUCAAGCACCUUUCCCACCGACCAAACCCAAAACCAAUCCCAAAAACCCAGUCUCUCCCAACUCAAACAAAAAUUCAAAAGCAAGGCCUCAGAGGCCGCCAAAGUCACAGCCGAAUGGCGAGCCCGCGCCGCCGAAAAAGGCAGCGAACUCCAAAACAAGGCUCGUGUCGUUGUUGGAGAAUGGGAAAACAAGGCUCGUGAACGUGCUUCUGCUCGAGGUGGGCAUACCCCUUCUCGUUCGGCUGGAGAUGUACCGAAUUUGGUGUUUGGUGUGUCGUUGAGUGAAGUUGUGCAAAUAUCUAGAGUGGGGAAUGUGGGGAAUAUGGGAUACCCGGAUUGGAUUGUGAGGAAUGUACCGGCGGUUGCGUAUCGGUGUGUAGAGUUUUUGGAUGUGUUUGGGCUUGAAGAAAUUGGAAUAUACCGUGUAUCGGGGUCGACGACCCAAGUCGGGCAUCUGAAAAACAUGUUCAAUAGUGGAGCUGAUGUUGAGUUGCUUGGACAACAGAUUGAUCCGAAUGCCGUUGCAUCAUUGUUUAAAGCUUGGCUGAGAGAAUUACCCGAGUCUACCCUAACCAGCGCCCUCACGCCAAAGUUUACUCACAUAUACCAAGGACCGGAAACAAACGGACCGCCCGACCCGGCUCAAAUUGCAGCGGAUCCCCAGCGAUUCUCUCAAGCCCGCUCCCUCGCUACUCAACUCCCUCUAGAAAAUCGAGCCCUCCUCUGCCUCCUCUUUGGCCAUCUGUUCCGCGUCCAAGCCCGGGAACCAACAAAUAAAAUGGGUAUACCCAACCUCCAAGUCAUUUUCUGCCCCACACUAGGGCUUUCAAGCACGUUAUUUGCCGUACUGUGUUUGAGAUGGAAGGAUUUAUUUGAUGAUGGUGAGAGUGCACGGGAAACUGUGAGUCUCGAUCGGAAACGACGGCCAAAUUCUAUUGUUGGGACGACGCCCAGUCGACCUGCGUCCACCUCUUCGACGACUUCAUCGGUAUCAUUGGAUAGUGGCAUGGAGGGACCUGUUAAACCCGCUCGACAACGACCCGUGUCGGUUGCGUCGAUUAGUAGCGGGCUGGGACGUACGCAAGGCGAACAGCGUCCCGUUUCUUUUGUCGGUACUCCCCGAUCACAGCUUCUAUCCUCUCAGCGUUCCAUACCCUCCCAAAACGGACGCUCAGAACCGGAUGUUUCCGUGGCGAUUCCAAAUUCAACCCAUCCACCGACGCAACCUAUCCAAAACUUGCUGGACAUGGACCCCUUUUCUGAUGACAAUGAGGCAUAUGGACCGGUUUUGGUUCCUGUUCCUGUGCCGGUUGUCCCUGUUCCUGUGGCGAUUGAUAAACCACUCCCGCCACGGCCUCCCAAACGGAUUGACUCGUGGCAGCAUAUGGAUGCAGAGCAAAAGGUUGGGGUCAAGGGUCGAGGACGGUAGGCGGUCUCGAGGUUUUGUAUUGGGUAUUGGAGAAGAGGUUUUUGAAAAUGUUUAUGAUGAUGCUUGUUGCUUGUGGGGCGUAUUUGGCGUGGUUGUCGUGGCUGGCCAUGGACUACGCUGCACAUGUAAAAGGGUAUAGACACAAGUGAAAGCAUGAGCAAGAAUGUAAGAGGUGUUUGCUACUUGCAGGCUCUUUACGCCGUCCUGCCCCCCAAGAAAAAGGGGUGCUUUGGAUGGACGGUGGGCUGGGCGUAUAGAUCUGAGAGAGUGUGGAAAACCCUGUCUGAAUCUGUGAAUCGUGCGUCAUUAUCGUGCUGGCCUUGAAGAACUACAGCACACCUUGGAGGUGGGUAACUUGGAUGGAGCACGGGUCGAAAAGCAAAAACCAGUAGAACAUGCAAAUUGAACAGAAACACACAUUGUAAUCAUUUUGUAUUUACUCAGUGUCAGGCCAAUGCAUAACACAAAAACAACCGUUAUUUUUU